AUGUCUCAUCAGGAUAGCGUACGGUCGGCCAGACAAUUGACCUUUGUGGUCGAACAUUUGGACCCAGAGCUGGGUCCUUGGUCAGCCUUAGAAUACGGCUGUAUUGCGCGGGAGUCGCAUGCGGUGGGAGCAAGAUUUCUUCUAAGCUCCGUGCCGACCUCCUUGCAGUUGCCAGACGACCUGGCCGCGACACAAGGUCUAGAGGUUGAGCACCGUAGUGUCGAGGAGAUCUUCGCAGACCGCAAGUCCAAGGUCUGCCUGCUAGACCCUGCGGCCCAGGUCGAAUUGAGCCCCGACGAUGGAGACAUCUUCGAUGUUUUUCUCUUUGGUGGCAUCCUUGGCGAUGAUCCGCCACGAGAUCGUACAUCCGAGCUGAGAAAGAAAGGCUAUGUCGGAAGACGUCUUGGUCCUAAGCAGAUGACUACUGACACGGCCGUGCGUGUAACCCGCAUAGUGGCUCAAGAGAAAGUGCCACUGGAGAAGAUCGAGUACGUCGAUUAUCCCGAGAUCAUUGUCAACAAACAUGAGCGGACCGAAAUGCCCUUCCGUUAUGUGAAAGGAGACGAUGGCCAACCCAUUAUGCCGGCUGGUAUGGUUGACCUUAUCAAAAAGGACGCUGACAAGGCUGUGGAUGACCUGUUUUGA